GGGAAAGUGUUUGCGGCCGCCAAGGGACCGUCUGCCAUCCAUUCCUGCUCUCUAGUCGCUCGUUCAGCUCCGCGCUCCGCUUCCCCUGUGCGCCUCUCGUCGCCUCCUCCUCCUCCUCUCCGCUGUGUGCUCUGCAGCAUCCUCUCCUGUCGUCCUGCUUCUCCUCCUCCUCCACUUCCUCCUCCUCCCUCCCCUUGCCUGCCACCCACAGCCCCAUCUUCCGCCCUGAAGCUGAAGCAGAAGAGAGAGCACGGCAGGGCAUGGUAACGCAGACCUGAGCGCUGCCAGAGCGGGGAGGACAAGAGGAGAUUGCAUUCGCGGCCGUCGUCGGGUCGAGCGGUGUAGAGUGCUAGUUGUUGCUUUGGUGUAUGUGCGAUUCUGCGACGAGAGCGAGCGGGAGCAGCAGGAAGGAUCAGCCUUCUGCCCGUCUCCCGAAUCUGCGGGCGAUUGGACUCUGUUCAAAGCAGAUGGUUCUCCUGACUGGUUAGCCUACUGCUUCCAAGGCCUCAGACACUUUCCCAUCUCCCCAUUCUGAAGUGCACUGAGAGCUCUUUCCACUGACUCUUCAUACGACGCUUCUCACAUGUAAUUUCUCACUCUCAUCAUGCCGGCUUUAAAGCACCGGCUGUUUCUUACGUACAAUUCGGCGGAGCUUGUGGAUGGCGCUCCUCUGUAUGUGUGCUCCAAUGGUUCCCCUUUCCAACUGAAGAAAGAGCCCGCCGGUCAUUCCUUCAAUGAAGCUGCCAAGCGCUUGUUAGGGUGCUUGAAUAAGGUCGAAGAGGAUGAUACUUCAGCAUCCGACAAAAAGGAAAAGGGCUCGUCUCCGUCUGUGGAUUCGUAUCACUUCAAAGGUAAAAAGAAAGGGAAGGAUGACGGAGAUCAACAGGAUCACUAUGCUUUGUUAGGUCUAAGUCAUCUCCGGUUUUUGGCCACCGAGGAGCAAAUUCGGAAGAGUUACAGGGAAGUUGCUUUGAAGCAUCACCCGGACAAGCAAGCUGCUCUGAUACUACAGGAAGAGACUGAAGAGGCUAAACAGGCCAAGAAGGAAGAGACAGAUCGUCACUUCAAAGCUAUCCAGGAAGCCUAUGAGGUUUUGAUCGACCCUGCAAAGCGACGUGUGUACGACUCUAUCGACGAAUUUGAUGAUGAAGUGCCUUCUGAAUGUUCCCCGGAGGACUUCUUCAAGGUUUUCGGGCCAGUGUUUGCGAGAAAUGGACGCUGGUCUGUUGCUCAACCUGUACCAUCACUCGGGGAGGAUGAAUCCACAAUGGCGGAUGUUGAUAGGUUUUAUGAUUUUUGGUGGAGCUUCAAGAGCUGGAGGGAGUUUCCACACGCGGACGAGUUUGAUUUAGAGCAGGCUGAGAGUCGAGAACACAAGCGAUGGAUGGAGAGACAGAACACAAAGCUAAGGGAGAAGGCCAAGAAAGAAGAGAACGGUCGGAUCCGGACGCUGAUUGAGAAUGCAUACAAGAGGGACCCUAGGAUUGUGCGGAGGAAAGAGGAGGAGAAAGCUGAGAAGCUACGAAAAAAGCAGGCCAAGGUUCUUGCAAAGCAAGAGAAAGAGUUAGAGGCAGCGCGAUUGCUGGAGGAGGAAAAGUUGAAGAAGGAAGUGGAAGAUAAGAGGAUAGCCGAAGAAGCUGCCGCGCAGAAAAAAAUUAGGGAGAAAGAAAAGAAGUUGUUGAGGAAGGAGAGGUCCAGACUGCGUUCGGCAGCUGCAGGUGUGACCUCGAGGAAAGAUUUUCGUGUUUCUGAUGAUAGCGUUGAGACUCUGUGCAUGUCCUUGGAGAUGGUGCAACUUAGGUGCAUCUGCGAGAAACUUGAAGAAAAGAAGGCCGUCGAAGAACAGGCGGAGAUGCUGAAGGAUAUCAUCAAAAGGGUUGACGAUGGCACUUUCACAAUUGAACCAUCCUACAGUGGUUCCCCUCCCCAAAGGGCAACCACUGUUGAGUCUGCUACAGCAAGUACACCCAGCAGUGUUACCGAGGACCAACCGAAGGUUAGCCCUGUGAAAGCGGACACAGGUUUGCCAAAUGGCCACGUUUCGUCAACAGAACCUGGAGAGGAGGUGAAGAAAUCCGUAAGUGCUCUCAAUGGAGUUGAAAAGAAGGAGAAGCCUUGGAGCAAGCAGGAGGUGGAGUUACUGAGGAAAGCCGUGGCCAAGUACCCGAAAGGAACUUCACAACGCUGGGAGGUCGUGGCGAAUUACAUAGGCACCGGGCGAUCUGUAGACGAGAUUUUGAAGGCCAUCAAAACUGUUCUCUUGCAGAAACCUGAUUCCUCCAAAGCCUUCGACUCUUUUCUCCAAAAGAGGAAGACCGCAGAUGUUUCUAUUGCCUCACCUCUCUCAACCCGAGAAGAUAUCGGAGAUACAGGGGUAAAUCCUAAUGCUAGUACCCCUGUCAUUGCGAAUGGUACUGGUAAUAAGGAGAAGGUGGAAGGUUUAGCGAAUGGCGUUGCGGCACCAGAGGAGUCCAGCUCUGAGAAGAAAGGACCUGCGGACACACAACCCUCUAGCAAUGGAAAUGCCUCCAGCGCUCCAAAUGGAACUCCAGGUGCCGCGGAGCAGGAGUUAUGGUCUGAGACGCAGGAGCUAGCCCUAGUGAAGGCCUUGAAGACAUUCCCCAAGGACACUGCACAAAGGUGGGAGAGGAUUGCAGCAGCUGUUCCUGGCAAGAACAAAUCUCAAUGUUUCAAGAAAUUUGCCGAGCUGCGGGAGAACUUCAGAAGCAAGAAAGGGACGGAUUGAGGAUUACAGCAAAGGAGCAUGAAGCAGUACAGUAGGAAUUGAGUACAGGGAGAACCAAGAAAUUUAUAAUCCUGGUUCUGUUAUCAUAAGAGGGAGUUGCAAGCUGGUGCCUCACGAGAGCAGCAUUGAUUUUGGUGAGUGGUCUGAAGCGCUACUCCACCAGAGAGCAUAGUUUGAUAAGAGAGAUUUUUGCUUACCUCCAACUUUGUUUGACCCAUGUUCAUUAAAGUGAAUAUCAGUUGGUGGAUGAAUUGGAUUCGACACCUGUGUUUCAUUUUAAGUGUAUCACUUGUAUCUAGGGUGGAGUUGCAAGGUUAACUGGUUUUUGCCCUUAAUUGGAGUGCCAGUUGAUACUGCGCUUUUACUCAGGUUCCGGUUAAUUUUAGAUCUGCCCACCUCUAGUACCAACCUUGUUGCCUCUUUGGGGCCUGAAGAUUUUCAUUAAGAUUAGAUCAUAGAAACUAGUGUACGCAUUCCUGUUGCUUAGAACAGGUGAGUGAAGUGGGAACAAUCUAUCUCCACACUUGUAUGUUUGAUCAAUUACGCAUUUAAUAAUACCCGAUAAGUUGUCUGCCGUGGAUUACAAGUAGGACAUUUUCUGUUAUCAGCUUCGAAAUUAUCUGUUGGAUAUCUUGUUUAUUUGUCAGUGGAAACACCAAAUCAUCGCCGUGUUGCUAUUUUGAGCGCUGUCUAUGUUUGUCAGCAUUUUCAGUUUAAGUUUUAAAAUUAAGAGAUCCUAGGUUGUGUUGGACUUCACGUUUUUUAUUGACUCUCGCACUUUGGACCGACGAGCAGCUGAGAACGGAGAUUCUCAGUGCUCCUUGUUUGUGUACAAAUUUCUGAACGGUAUGGUAACCGACUUUCUGAUGCAUUGGACAACGUGUUGAAAAGCUGGCUAUGUUACUGAAGCUCUAUUUUAAUCUCGUCUUGGGAUUAUGCGGACAUCACAAGGGAGGAGUAU